GUCGAGAGCUGCCCGUCCGCCGCCGCCGCCGCCUCCUGCUCGGCGGUGGCCGUGGGCUCCGACACCUACAAGGGCUGGCUCUUCAAGUGGACCAACUACCUGAAGGGCUACCAGCGCCGCUGGUUCGUGCUCAGCAACGGGCUGCUCAGCUACUACAGGACUCAAGCAGAAAUGGCCCACACCUGUCGAGGAACCAUCAACUUGUCCACGGCUCACAUCGAUACAGAGGAUUCUUGCAAUAUUAUCCUUUCUAACGGAGGAAGGACGUACCAUUUAAAAGCUAGCUCGGAAGUGGAGCGGCAGCGGUGGGUCACGGCCUUGGAGCUGGCUAAGGCCAAGGCCAUCCGAAUAAGGAGCAACCAGUCAGAUGACUCUGGCGACGAGGAGCCCGCCUCGCAGUCUGACAAGAGCGAACUGCACAGCACGCUGAAAAACCUCUCCAGUAAGCUGGAAGAUCUCAGCACUUGCAAUGACCUGAUUGCGAAACACGGGGCGGCUCUCCAGAGGUCCCUGAGUGAGCUGGAGAACCUCAAGUUGCCGGCUGAGAGCGGGGAGAAGAUCAAGGCGGUCAAUGAGCGAGCCACCCUCUUCCGGAUCACCUCCAAUGCUAUGAUAAAC